UGUCACUAGAAGGCAAAACGGUCGCACUGUAGUACUCCACUCCCAAAAACGUCAACAAAUUAUCCAAACUAUUGUCAAAAAUCCCCAAAAAACAAACUGCUCGAAUCCAUAAUUUCCCGACACGUCAGUGGACAUAAGGCCCACGAGUAUACGCCAUAAAUUAACCAGUAAACAAGUACAAUUGAGUCAUCAUCGGGUGCGGUGAAGCGAGAGCAUUCAUCUAAAAUAAUGAACACUUGCGGAUUCGUGACUUGUGGCCCCAAUGAGGCCCUGGUCGUAUCAGGCUGCUGCUAUGGGAAACCACUCCUUGUACCUGGAGGACGAGUGUUUGUCUGGCCGAUCGUCCAACAAGUUCAGAAGAUCUCGUUAAACACUAUGACCCUACAGGUUGAGAGUCCCACUGUUUAUACGAGUCAGGGAGUGCCGAUAUCCGUUACUGGAAUUGCGCAAGUAAAAAUUCAAGGACAAAAUGAAGAGAUGCUGUCGACGGCAUGUGAGCAAUUCCUAGGUAAAGAUGAGCAUGAAAUUCACAAUAUUGCUCUGGUAACUCUCGAGGGGCAUCAACGCGCAAUAAUGGGGAGCAUGACAGUCGAGGAGAUUUACAAGGAUCGUAAGAAGUUCAGCAAGGAGGUCUUCGAGGUUGCCAGUAGUGAUCUCAUCAACAUGGGCAUCACAGUGGUCUCGUACACACUGAAAGAUAUCCGCGACGAAGAAGACUCAAAGGGAUACCUGAAGGCUCUCGGUAUGGCCAGAACGGCUGAGGUGAAGAGGGACGCGAGAAUUGGUGAGGCUGAGGCUCGCAAGGACGCACAGAUUCGAGAAGCUAUGGCUGAGGAACAGAGGAUGGCUGCUCGCUUCCUCAACGAUGCUGACAUCGCCAAAGCACAACGAGAUUUUGAAAUCAAGAAGGCGGCGUAUGAUGUUGAAGUACAAACUAAGAAAGCAGAGGCUGAGAUGGCUUUUGAGCUUCAAGCCGCCAAGACCAAGCAAAGAAUCAUGGAAGAGCAGAUGCAGGUGAAGGUUGUAGAACGUGGACAGGAGAUCGCAGUUCAGGAACAAGAGAUGAUGCGUCGUGAGAGAGAGUUGGAUGCAACUGUUCGACGUCCAGCUGACGCUGAGAAGUACAGGCUGGAGAAGAUGGCUGAGGCCAACAAACUCAGACUGGUGAUGGAGGCGGAGGCUGAGGCUGAGGCAAUCAAGGUUCGUGGUGAGGCUGAGGCAUGUGCUAUUGAGGCUAAAGCCAAGGCUGAGGCCAACCAAAUGGCUAAGAAGGCUGCCGCAUGGGGCGAGUAUGGAAGUGCUGCUAUGGUCGAUAUGAUGCUUGACACUUUGCCAAAGGUCGCAGCUGAGGUUGCAGCCCCUUUGUCCCAAGCAAAAAAGAUAACAAUGGUGUCUAGUGGGAAUGGUUCUAUUGGAGCUGAAAAACUGACGGAGGAAGUCCUCAACAUCGUGACCCGUGUCCCAGAACUUGUCAAGACUCUGACAGGUGUAGACAUAGCAAAGUCUGUCCACGCGGCAUAAAUUGAGCAAAAAGCCGCCCCUUGUCAUCCAAAGAUAAACAACACCUACGAUAAAUGCAUUAUCGAAUAAUUUAAUUUUACAAAUUGCACUUAUCUGUUUUAUUUUGAAAAUAAGAUGAUUUAUUACUAACGCUGAUAAUGCAGGAUGCAUUGAUUAACAAUUUAAUUUUUCUAUGGAAUAAAAACCCGUUUAGGCUAAAUAAUCAAAGUAUUUCCAGAACAAAAAGAAAACGCGAAUAAAAUAAAAUUAUUGUAUUUUCAUACUUCUUGACAAAAAAAAUGUAUAAUCUCAGCGGUAAAAUUUAGGAAAUUUCUAUAGCUGGUUUAAGGAUCUAGGUAAUUUUAGUCCAGUGGAACAUUCUCAUUCCGAUAAUGAAGUGAAAAGAAACUGGAGGAUAUGACGAAAGCAGCAGUGAAAUGGUAAAAUGGAAAGUAAGAAAUUCCGCGAUUCCUUAAGAAUAUCCAAGUACUUUGGCCAUUUUUUCCAGAGCUUCCAUUAAAGUCCUAGUUAACCUUAGUUUCCAAAUAUUUUUCAAUGAGUUUAUUAUUUCAAAUUUUGAAGGUUUAGAUCUGAUACUUUAUUUUGAGCCAUUGAGAAAAAUUUGGCAAAUCUGGAUAAAUUGGAGCGUCUACUGUUGGAAAAAAAAUUGUAAAUAAUUGAGGAUAAUUUUUUAAGAUCAUGAUGCUUUUUUUGUGAGUCAUUCAUAAAUGAUCAACUUUUCACUGUUGAAAAACCGGAUUUCACCCGGCGUCUAUGGAAAAAUCAAUAAUUUUUUAUACUAGUGCAUUUGGUGACCCAAGUGAAUUCUCUAAUUUAAUCGGGGGGCCUAAUUUUUUUCAUGUUGAAAUCAACAUUUAGGCGAUAAAUGCUAGAAAAGUCUAGAAUACACUGAGAGAAAAACAGCAGAAUUCUGACACAAGUCUUACUUGUGCCAAAAAAAUCGUUCGUUAAAAA